ACUGCGCUAGCGGAUCUACUAUUAUUCAUCGCUAGUGAUGUCACCUUCUCUGCACUACCGCCAUCAGAGUUUCAAGCUGAAUUUGCUCGGAGUGUUUAUGAAGAGAUAGUCAUUGGAGCUUUCAAAGACAUCACAGCUAUUGCUGAGACGUAUGGCUCUUCAGAAGGAGAGACUCGCUAUGCAAAUCCUUUGAUGAUGUUGUUAAUAGCGUUCACUUUACAUCAUCUGGCGAAUAAGUCGUCGCAAUACCUUUUGAGCCUUUGCCGAGAACAAUUCUCCUUAACGACAUCGAAGGCUACAGUGGGAUUAACUGGUGUAACUGAGGUGACGACAAUGUUGAAGAGCUGCUCUCAAGCACUUCUGCGACGAUUUGCCAAAUUCCGCGGACUCGAGCUGGGUGAAGCUCUAGUUAUAACGAAGUUGCGAAGGACUCAUCGAAACAGUCUAUCUUGCCCACACGCAGCAUGCAUCUUUCGCACGUUGAGUCAGGGUACUACCAAUUCCGUUGAUAACCUGAAAGCUGGUUUCUAA